AGAAAACAUUCAUAACUAAUCAAAUUUUUUUUCAAUAACGGUUGGAGGAGAUUCUUCCACAAUAAAUAAUUACAGAUGCCCUUGCCUGCUGCCUUAGCUGCUAGAUUAGCAAAACGAGGUCUCAUUACAGGAUCAGAUAAAAAUGAUUCAAAAAAAGAAUUUAAGAAGAAAGUGCAUGAAGAGGUGAUUGCUGAGGACUAUGACAAUGCCAAGGAUGACAUUAACGAGAUCGAUAUAUCUGAGAAGUUCAUGGGGUACAGUGGAUGCCCUAAUAAAUACAACAUUUACCACGAGUGCACGAAAAAGUGUAAAGAAUUGUGGGGAACUGGACAAUUACAACCUUCAGAGAAGUAUCUCAAACAUCAGAUGAAACUCAUCCAGAAAUAUCCAUUACCUGAGACGUGGAAGGCAGUCUACGAUCCAGGGUCUGGACAGCACUACUACUGGGACUGGUCAUCGGAUUUAGUGUCUUGGUUGCCACCAGGACACCCCAAAUGCCAAAUAUCCCAACCAGCCUCACAAUUGAGGGAGGAAUUGCACCUCAAAGCUGCUGAUCAGGAUGACAAUAUGUCCAGUGACGAAAGUGGAAGUGAUCAGGAACCCAUGGAGGUGGAGGAAACAGAAACAAGAAGAGAACACAAAGCAUCGAACAGAGAUCGGUUCAGGGUGCCAGAGGCAAAGAAAUCUUAUAAACCAGAGUCCAAAGAUAAAAAGGAUCGUAGCCUGGAUCCCAUGGAUCCAGCCUCCUACAGUGAUAUUCCAAGGGGGAAAUGGUCAGACGGUCUGGCACGACACAAUGAAGCUAAAACCGGGGUGGAUACAACAGCGUCAGGACCACUUUACCAAAUGCGUCCUUAUCCUAGUCCAGGGGCUGUCCUGAGAUCCAAUAAAUCAUCUAAACCUGAAUUAGAAAAUCUGAGUAAUAAGCCUAAAGUAUCUUUCCCUGAAAAACCAGAAUGAAUUGGUUUUGCGUAACGAAUAAUAAAUUUUUAAUAAUUGAACUGAGUUGUUAGAGCUAUUUAAACUGCAUCUAUCCAUAAAUAUUUGAAUUCAUUCUUCCUUUUGUAAUUACGAUAAAUUGAUAAUAAAA